AGCCACCAAUUGGUCCAAUGAUUGCCACAUUUGCUGUCAAUAUCGGAUCAGUUGUCAAGUGAUGACAAUCACGUGGUUUAACCCUUUCUGUCAGAUAUUUAAAGAUUUUAUAAAAUAGUUGAAUGAAUGCCAUAAAUGUAUUCAAUGUAUGAAUGAAAUGGCAUUUAGUUUAAUGAUAAUGUAUUUGAAGGUUAAAUGAUGUCUAUUAUGAUGUCUAUUGUAUUAAUUGUCAUUUGAUUUGUCAUUUGUGUUGAAGUGAUCCCAAUAUGAAGAUAUGGACAUCAGAGCACACAUUCUCCCAUCCGUGGCAUACAGUAGUUCAGGCGGUUUGGCGUAAAUACCCGAACCCUAUGAACCCGGCGGUGGUCGGCAUCGAUGUGAUCGAUCGGGACAUCGGACCGACUGGUGUGAUGAGGACUCACCGGUUAAUCAGCUGCGAGUGGGAGAGACUGACAUACAGUCCGCACCCAAACCAACCGAACAGCACUUUACUGAAACAAGAGGCUGUGAUCACAGUUCAUGGCAUUCCUCUCAGUAGUUAUUUCGAGGACUUUGUCUCCAGAAAUAUAUCAUCGAAUGCUAAUAAGGGACGGCAGGCAAUGGAGUUUGUUAUCAAUAAAAUCAAUUGCGAAGUCCAGGAGUUGACGCAAAAGACUGUGAAAAGUGUGGACGAGUUGACGGUGAACGCCAAGCGCUGUAUUAGUGACGAGUUUGUGGCCAAAAGCCCUAACUAUCACUUUCAAGGAUCCAAAUAAUUGCUACAUUUAUUAGGAAUUAAUGAAUUAAUUGUUUUAAAAUUUAGUUAUUCUUUACGGAAACUCAUCUCAACUUUAGGCCAAUCACUGGAUUUAUG